AUGGCCGGGCCGAUUUUGAUGACUGACCGGAACGCAUCUAUGGUCAGCCGUGUUCCCUCUGGACCUCUCUCCUACAACCCUACAUCCCAUCCCACCUAUCCUAUUCCACAAUCCAUCCCAUCCCACCAUCCAUCACAUCCCACUUAUCUUAAAGGAGGCUUCAAAGGAGGAGAUAGACCAAGAGCUACAUCCGGCCGAUCUAAGUCUAGAAAAUGGCCGACAAAACCAAAUCACGGCAUAGGCGCGCCCACCGGCUGGAAAAAACUUCAUGGAGCUUCAUUAACACACUUCCAAAGGAAGAUUACAAAACGAACCAGUCAAUCUCAAGGAUGGCCAAGAAACCUCUCCCUAGAGCCGAUUGGACCACUUUGUGAAGGAUCUCUCAAACCGCUCGUUCGAAUGGUCUCCAACCUCACCAAUGGGCAUCAACUAUCAGGUUGGUCAAUGAAAUUGCAAUAUGGGUCGAGGAAUUCUUUAUGUUUUGUUCUGUGGUUCAUAGCAUACCCUGUCGGACGACCGAAAUGGACCAUACUCGGCCAAAUCGCAAACCGGAGUGAACCAGGCCCUGAAAUUCAAUACUCACCGACCAAUAUCACAUGA